CCAAAAACAUAUAUCCUUCAUUCUAUAUAGCACUUCUCAUUUUUGUCUUUUCAAAAAAAAAAUGUCUGGGGUUUGGGUGUUCAAAAACGGCGUGUUUCGAUUAGUCGAGAAUCCUCAGGCGGAGGCAUCGGAAGGAAGACAUGGGAAGAGAAAGAUGUUGGUUCACUUGCCGACCGGAGAAGUGGUAAAUUCUUAUGCUUUUCUUGAAAGAAUAUUGGUUGGCUUAGGUUGGGAGAGGUACUAUGACGGAGAUCCUGAUUUGUAUCAAUUUCAUAAACAUUCUUCUAUUGACCUAAUUUCUCUACCUAGAGAUUUCUCCAAAUUCAACUCCAUUAAUAUGUAUGAUAUUGUGGUAAAAACCCCUAAUGUAUUCCAUGUUAGGGACAAAUGAUGAGUUUUCAUGCUACUAUGAAGUUUGUGUGGUUUUAUAUACAUAUAUAAUAUAGCUAGAGUUUUAUGGAAACUCUAGGGAUUAAGCUUGUUGUUUUAUUUUUGGUUUAUGUUCAUAAGAGAGGAGAAUAAGUAAAUUAUAUUUAUAGGAUGAGUGAUGGUGUUGAUGUUUAUGACUAGUAGUGUAUAUUUGCUUGGAGUGUUUUUUUGUAACAUAUUGAGUAUUGUUUUAUAAU